AUGGACCAGCAGCAGCACCACCAGCACCACGCCGCCGCCUCGGGCUCGGCCACGGCGGUCCAGCCCACGGCCCAGCAGGCCAAAGCCGAGGACAUCGUCCGCCGCGAGGCAGAGCAGAAGGCCAAGCGCGACCAGAGCGUGUUCGAGGGCCUCCCCGAGGGCCUCGUCCUCGGCCGCAAGAUGGGCGACGGCGCCUUCUCCAACGUCUUCGAGGCGACCCUCCGCCCGACUGCCGCCCAGCUCCAGCUCGACCCGUCGCUCGGCAAGGUCCCCGUCAAGGUCGCGGUCAAGUGCGUCCGCAAGUUCGAGCUCAACCAGUCGCAGCAGGCGCAAGGCAAGCACGUCGGCGAGGCGGUCAAGAAGAAGCCGAGGGCCACCGAGCGCGCCAACAUCCUCAAGGAGGUCCAGAUCAUGCGCGGCCUCAACCACCCGGGCAUCGUCCGCCUCCUCAACUUUACCGAGUCGCGCGAGCACUACUACCUCACCCUCGAGCUCAUGCCCGGCGGCGAGCUCUUCCACCAGAUCGUCAAGCUCACCUACUUUUCCGAGGAGCUCUCUCGGCACGUCAUCCUCCAGGUGGCGCAGGGCAUCCGGUACCUGCACGAGGAGAAGGGCGUCGUCCACCGCGACAUCAAGCCCGAGAACAUCCUCUUCGAGGGUAUCCCGAUCAUCCCGUCCAAGGUGCCCAAGCAUCGCCCGUACGACGAGGACAAGGAGGACGAGGGCGAGUUCAUCCCGGGCGUCGGCGGCGGCGGCAUCGGUCGCGUCAAGAUCGCCGACUUUGGCCUGAGCAAGAUCGUGUGGAACAACGACACGAUGACGCCGUGCGGCACGGUCGGCUACACGGCGCCCGAGAUCGUCAAGGACGAGCGCUACUCCAAGUCGGUCGACAUGUGGGCCCUCGGCUGCGUCCUGUACACGCUCCUGUGCGGGUUCCCGCCGUUCUACGACGAGUCGAUCCACGUCCUCACCGAGAAGGUCGCCAAGGGGUACUACACCUUCCUCAGCCCGUGGUGGGACGACAUCAGCGCUUCCUCCAAGGACCUCAUCACGCACCUCCUCGACGUCGACCCCGAAAAGCGGUACACGAUCGACGAGUUCCUCGCCCACCCGUGGUGCAAGGCCCAGUCGGCGCCGUCGGCCGUCACGCCGGGCACGCUCGACUCGCUCAACCUCAAGCCUAUCCCCAAGUACAUGCCGAUGGACUCGCCCCUCCUCGCGCCCGGCGGUCGUCGCGCCAUGCCGUCGCCCGGGAUCGGCGCCCUCAAGGAGGCGUUCGACGUCACGUACGCCGUCCACCGCAUGGAGGAGGAGGGCAAGCGCCAACGCGCCGUCCCGGGCGGCACCGGCCGCGCCGGCUUCCUCCAGGGCCUCAACGAGGCGGACGAGGACGAGGCCGAGGAGGCCGACCUCGAGGCGACCAAGCGCCGGUACGGCGCCGAGGUGAGCCGCGCCAUCGAGGAGAAGCGUCGCGCGGCGCAGGACCCGUCCCGGCGACGCGAGCCGGCGCAGACGGCCGAGGAGCAGCAGCGCGCCGCGCAGAACUACCAGGGCUGGGGCGGCGCCGACCGGCGACAGGCCGAGGCGGCGCUGUACGACGGCCGUGCGGGUCCUCGCGAUCGCGGCGGCAAGAGCGGUGGCGACGGCGGCGCUCGUGGACGGCGGACCGGGUUCGAGCUCGCGCUCGACAAGGCGACGCUCCUCGGCCGACGCAAGGGCGCGCCCACACUCGCCCAGAUGCCGAGCCCCAUCCAGAUCGACUAG